AUGGAUUCAUCAGAAACUCCAGUUGUCAUGUACUUCUUCCCAUUUAUAGGAGGAGGCCACCAAAUCCCAAUGAUAGAUAUAGCAAGAGUCUUCUCCUCCCACGGAGCCAAAGCCACAAUCCUAACCACCACACCCGCCAACGCCCUGCGCUUCCGAAGCUCCAUCCGCCGAGACCAAAGCCUCAACCUCCCGAUCACCAUCCGUGUCCUCAACCUCCCAAACGACGCCGUCUCGACCGACUCCUCCAUGUCCGCAACCCCCUCCACAGACACCUCCGUCCUCCGAGAACCCCUCAAGCUAUUCCUCACCCAAAACCCACCCGACUGCAUCGUCAUCGACGUCUUCCACCGCUGGGCGGCUGAUGUCAUCGACAGGCUUAACAUCAAACGGGUGGUGUUCAAUGGAAACGGAUUCUUCUCUCGCUGCGUCAGCGAGUGUAUCGGCCGAUACGCGCCGCAUGAGCAACUGGGUUCUGAUUCUGAGCCAUUUCUGGUGCCUCAAAUUCCUGAUAGGAUCGAAUUGACGCGGUCUCAGCUGCCCCCUUUUGCAAGAAACAAACCAGGGCUUCCUGAUAAAGUUGGAAAAGCAGAGGAGAAGGCUUUUGGGGUUGUGGUGAAUAGUUUCUAUGAAUUGGAGCCAAAAUAUGUGGAGUAUUACAAGACUGUGUUGGGGAAAAAGGCAUGGCCUGUUGGCCCAGUUUCUCUGUGCAACAGAAACAAUGCCGAUAAGACUGAGAGAGGCCAAGCAGCCUCAGUUGAUGAACAGAGCCUCCGAAAUUGUUUGAGCUGGUUGGAUUCUAAAGAACCCUACUCGGUCGUUUACAUAAGUUUCGGCAGCUUGGCUCGGUUGCCGCCCGCCCAGCUCGUUGAGAUCGCUCAUGGGCUCGAAGCCUCGACCCACAAUUUCAUUUGGGUUGUUGGGAAGAUUUUCAGAUGCGCACAGAACGAAGGUCGUGUUGGGGACGACGAGAAUUGGGUUCCCCUGGGAUUUGAAGAGAGAAUGAUGGAGAUGAAGAGAGGGAUUUUGAUAAGGGGAUGGGCCCCGCAGAUAUUGAUGCUGGAGCAUGGUGCUGUUGGGGGGUUUAUGAGUCACUGUGGCUGGAACUCGACAUUGGAGAGUGUGACUGCUGGGGUCCCCAUGAUGACGUGGCCGCUGUCGGCGGAGCAAUUCUACAAUGAGAAGCUGAUAACUGAUGUGUUGGGGAUUGGAGUCCAGGUUGGGAGCAAGGAGUGGGUGUCGUGGAAUGCGGAGAGGGAGGAGUUGGUGGGGAGAGAAAAGGUGGAGGCGGUGGUGAGUAGGGUGAUGGGUGGCGGUGAGGAGGCGGAGGAGAUGAGGAAGCAAGCGAGAGCACUUGCGGAGAAGGCUAGGAGAGCCGUCGAAGAAGGUGGUUCCUCGUAUGAAGGGGUGGAUGCUUUGAUUUCAGAGCUCAAAUCAUUGAGAAAGAAUUAG